CUGUAAUGUAAUAUUAUGUUAUCCCAUCAGGGACAUCUUGUUCUCUUUUUCAGGUAUAACACCAGUUACUGCAUGAUGUCAGAAUUAACAUGAUGCAGCCUUGAUAAUAUUUCAAAGAAAUCCUCUCCUUAUGAUCUUUCUCUCCAAUGCAGGAAAGGAUUGGUCAGAGCUUCUAGCUGACCAAAGCUCACGUAACAACUCUUCAGCCAGCAGUCCCCCUCCCUGGGGAUCGCAAGGGAGCCUCCUAAACUCAACUCAUUCCUCAACCUGCCACACAGACUGUGUGGACCGAGGCCAGGCACUGUAGAGAUGGGGCAAAACAUAGGGAUGCACACAGAAGAGACCAAGCGAGGAGUGUGCUUCUGAACGUUAUGUCUGUUCUUUUCAAAGAGCAAAGCUGUGGGAAACUGUAGAAAACUCAAAGCUCUGAAGAACACGGACCACGCAGUAUGACCCGCUUCUUUCCCACGUAUGGUGACAGGGGCUGAAGUUGGCCGCACAUUUCUGUGUGUGUGUGUGUGCCUGUGUGCGAGUGUAUCACACUGUCUUGAGGCACAUUAAACUACAGCAGGGAGUUCUGGGCUCCCGUCCAGCCCAGAGGGGAGUUGUGGUGUGCGCCCUUUGUGUUCCGGAUGCAGAACAUUCUCGAUCAGAACUUAGACAUGGCCACAGCUCUACUCGCCGGCGAGAAGCUGAAGGAGCUGAUCCUGCCAGGCUCCUCUCAGGAUGAGAAGGGCGGAGCACUGGCCAGCCUCAUGGUGCAGCUCAAACUGGAGCUGCCUUUUGAUCGUGUUGUUACUAUAGGGACGGUCAUCAUCCCCAUCCUGCUGGUCACCCUCGUCUUCACAAGGAACUUUGCAGUACAAUGGAUUAUUACAACAUACAUUUCAGAGGAGUCCAUAUACUGUUACACACCACACAAUUUCACCAGAGACCAGGCACUGUAUGCAAGAGGCUACUGCUGGACAGAGCUGCGGGAUGCUCUACCUGGUGUGGAGUCUCACCUUUGGCCUUCACUAUUUGAGCACAAGUUCCUGCCCUAUGCCCUGCUGGCCUUUACUGGAAUCAUGUACAUUCCUGCUUUGGGCUGGGAGUUCCUUGCCUCUACACGGCUCACUUCAGAGCUCAAUUUCCUGCUUCAAGAGAUUGAUAACUGCUAUCAUCGAGCUGCUGAGGGCCGAGCCCCAAAGAUUGAGAAGCAGAUUCAAUCCAAAGGACCUGGCAUAACUGAGCAAGAGAGGAGGGAGAUCAUAGAGAACGCAGAGAAGGAGAAAAGCCCCGAGCAGAACCUGUUCGAGAAAUAUUUGGAGAGACGAGGCCAAAGUAACUUUCUGGCUAAGCUUUACCUGGCACGCCACCUGGCUAUUAUCUGCCUCAGUUCCAUUCCCAUUUCCUACCUGAGCGCCUACUAUGCCCGCCAAAGGCAGAAUGAGUUCACCUGUGCGCUGGGUGAGCCCCCAGACAUUAGCAGCUAUUCAGAGCUGAAGCUCAGGGUCAACUGUAAGCUGCCUGCUGUGCAGCUGCAGCGCAUCAUGGCAGCAGUAGAUAUUGCUCUGCUCUGCACAAUGAACCUCAUCAUCCUGCUGAAUUUGCUGCACUUGUUUGUGGUGCGUAAGUCCAACUUUGUAUUUGACAAACUGCAUAAAGUUGGUAUUAAAACACGGCGACGUUGGCAGAAGUCUCAGUUCUGUGAUAUCAACAUCCUGGCCAUGUUCUGCAACGAGAACAGGGACCAUAUCAAGUCGCUCAAUCGGCUGGACUUCAUCACCAAUGAGAGUGACCUCAUGUAUGACAAUGUGGUCAGGCAGCUGUUGGCUGCGCUUGCACAGUCCAACCAUGACGCUACACCCACUGUGAGGGACUCUGGGAUACAAACACUUGAUCCCAAUAUGGAUCUUGGAGUGGGAGAGAUGGGUGGGGAGCCGCUGGUCAUCAAACGGCCCCGCAAGAAGAUUAAAUGGAUCCCAAGUUCAAAUCCUCUUCCUCAGCCAUUCAAGGAACCCCUUACCAUGACACGUCUGGAAAAUAACACCAAGCCUGAAAAACCUAAACCAGUCAGACGAAAGACAGUGGCAGACAACUUCAUUGCACCACUUCUGGAUAGCAAAAGCACACAAUAUCCUGCAACAAAAGAUCUAAGUGGGAUCGAGAAAAAGCACGCUCGCAACUUCUCUCUGGACGUCCACCCAUACAUGCUGACGAUUCGUAAGCCCAAGGUGGAGGCCACAACCACAGAACCUCUACCCUCAGAGCACAACAUGGAUACAGUGUACCUUGAAGGGACGCACACCAUUGUUCAUGUGUCUGGUGCAAUUACAGAAACUAAGGUUCACUCUCCAGAAUCGACCAACACUGCCUUUUCUACAGUGACCCUGCCCACCACCACUUACGUAAACGGCGUGAGCCCAAACCCUCCGUCCAGUGAGGACCCCCUCAGUCCCAAGUCCUCUCCUCCUCCGAGGGAGCCUCUCACCCAGACAAAAAACCCUGAGUCUCAGCCACCACCACUAACCAUAGCCCCUACACACCAGCUUCUGAGUAUACAUCAUACUCUCUUCGAGGAAGAAGAGGAUGAAGAAAAACGUGGAGACAGACUGGCAGAGAGACCAGGGGAGCUCAUCGCCGCCGGGGAAUGUUGAAGAAGGAGAAGAAGGGGAACGCUGAGCGAGAUUCCUUUACCUAACACUACACUUUGCGCACAUGACCACCAUGUCAAUCACCUCCUAUCAACAGCCACCUCUACUCUUUAAAUUAACUCACACACUUCUGUGAUGGGUGGAUUGGGCUGACUGAUGAGCAGAAAGUGGGACAGCGAGAAAAUAACAUGGAACUCUAGUAGUCGAAAAAGCAAAAUGACUUUUAGAUGGGAAAAUGGUUCAGAGAGGAUAAGACAAAUGUUUGUGUGUUUGAUAAUGUUGACCAGAGUAUUACUGUAGGAAAUGAUGUCACGUUCAUGUCUCAGGAUGACUGUGCACAACCGAACACCCUCCAAUGAAACCAGCAGUGAUAUAAUUCAACAGGGUGCUACAGUGCAGGGUCAAACAGCUAUACUGAAAAGGCCUAAUGAAAGGAUGAGCAGCAUUGAGAGAUGAGUGAGCUUUCUAAAAAAAAAAGGACACACACCUUAGAGAUACAUAUCUGCAAAGAGGACUGCAUUAUGGCUUCAAACAAAAUGUAUUUUAAACACAUAGAAUAACGCUUAGUCCCUUUAUCUCAAUAGCCAAGUAGAAAGGUAGCUCACGCAAUACAGUUGUUGAGAUCUGCACAAUUAAUAUGCAAAAGAUCACAAUAUAUUUGUGGCAAUAAUGUAUGCGCUUACAGCAUCAUAUUUCACAGAACGCUAUACAUGUAUAGACACUGUAUAUGACUCAGUGUUUGUGGGGUGUUUAAAAUAUAACACGUUUCAUGGCUUUAUCAUUGUCAUUUCACCAUUGAUUAGGAAUGUGUAUCAGAUCUUGACUCAACUAUAUCUGCACGUCAUUAAUAAUAAGCGAAUUGGCAUAUUAUAUAAAAGAAGGACAAAAGAACAGACUCUGCAUUGAAAGUGUGGCAUUGUGAGGUGACGUGUGACUACAAUAUUGCUCAGAUUUGUCUAAUAGGUACCAUCUAUGGUAUCUAUGACAUCUAGUAAAAAGGCAGUGAUGUAGGUGUUUUCUUCUUGAAUAGCAGCUCCGAUAUGAUUAAUGGAGCUGGACACACUGGUAAAGUAUGUGACUUUUGUGUUCUGCUGGCUUCUUGUGGGAGUGCUGUGAUGUGAAGUGAAUGAAGUGAUAAGUAGAUGUUGAAUCGUUCCUCACUGGAAGGUUCAUUACAUGACGACUACGCUUUUGAUUGUCAUCCACACAAUCUAAAUGUCUUACCGUAUUUCUGCCCUGUCUCAAAUUGUGCUAACAUCCAAUAUGAAGGAAUGAAUAGUUAGAAUAGUUGGCCUGUUAUUUGUAGUAAAACCAAGCAUAUAAGGUAUGUUAGCACUUAUCGCAGGGAACGAGUGAGUGGACAGGGGGGUGGGUGCCUACCACAAACUCUCAAUACACUUUUUUUGCAGAUGCAUACGUAAUUACAGGAACUUCAUUAAAGGAACUGUCUGCACUGACACACCAGUAUGACAACUACCCUAGGAGACAUUAGUGCUGUUGUCAGGGGCCUACAUACAGUAUAGGUAUGUAUACUAUACUCAUCUUUUCUUCUGGGGCAUUCAGUAAACACACACUUCUAGACUUGUGAUGGGAGACAACAAUUUUCCUACUUCAGCUUCAAAUCAUCUUUUGGUGGAAAUAACAAAUGAUCCAUCUCAUUGUCAUGACACAGGUUGGCUCAGAGUCCCCAUGUUAGACUACUCAAGCACACUAAAUGCAUCCAAAAGCACUUUAAGACUUGUAGCACGAGUGCGUGUGAGAGCAUGUUAUAUGUUGUAACAGCUCUGCUUAUAAGUAAUUGUCUGUGUAGAUCUUCACAUUGAGACAGUCGCGGAGGUAAAGCUCGGACGAUCUUAAUUCUAGUGAAAACGUGGAGAAAAGAGUCCAGGCUUUGAUUGUACUGUGUGAGAUGUUAUAAUGACAACAAAUUAAAAACACUUUCAUUAUAAAAAUAAA